CAGCCUCGCGCCUCACUGCAGCACCGCCGCGCGCGCCGGUCGUGCUUAGCUUUAUCCGACGAGCAAACAAAAACAUAACAGAAAGUGACAGUGAUCGACAAAAAAGUUUAUCCAGAAAGUCGUGAAUAUAGUGUGUGUAGUGACUGGGGUCCAUGCGACCUGUGCGAGAGGUCACGGUGUGAAAGUGCAACGGCCGGAACAAAGGAUCAUUGCUAUGACGUUCUCUGGAAAUAUGAAGGAGAGUAAACCGCGAGCCGGGAAAGACGCAUGGGAGUCGGAGCUGGAAUACGGAUGGUCACGGAAUGGCAACCAGCGAUGUGUGCGACACCGUGCGCCGGAGUCGACGAUGUCAGUGAGCAGUGACAUCAGGUUCACACGACGCAAGCUGAGCCGGCCCUGUCGUGGCUGCUGUGCUGCGCUAGCCUCGCUUCUUGUGCUACUACUGCUAGCUGCAGUUGCUGUGUACCUUGGACACAUGUACCUGUUUGGCGACCCCCUUAACCGGCAAACGUUCCGGGGAUCCUUCGUCGUAAGCUCGUGGGGAGUCAGCGAGGGCGAGAAGGGCAACGACCUUGAACCCAAAGCCAACAGGACACGUGAAACUGAACUGCAACAGGCGUUGUACAACUUAUAUUUGAAUUCUGAAUUGAAGUCGUGUUUUGUUUCUGCCGACAUACUGGCUUUGGACAGUUCAGAGGAAGGUAUGCGCGUGCACUUUGAGGUAUCUUUCGAGCCGAUCUUCACCGCCGUAAGUACUGCGGAGGUGACGGCAGUGCUGGCACGGGCACUCACAGAGCCGACUGCAUACUUCAGCAAAAUAACCACGCUACCAGAGACACUACAUAUCGAGGAGAGCUCUGUGAUUUCGUCGUUAGAAUUAAAAGAGACAGAAACAACGCCUAUAGAAGCUCCCACGACCGAAGCAGUGACUCCUGAUGCCGUGGAGGAAGUCAGAGAGUGCUCCGCAGUGACGUUACCGCUCUGCUCCCACCUUCCGUACAAUAGCACAUCGUACCCUAAUCUAGUGGGGCACACGUCUAAAGACGCGCUGAUGCGAGACCUUGUGGCGUUCAGGGAACUUCUUGACGCUGAAUGUUCCCAUCUUGCACAGGACUUCGUAUGUCAAAUGCUCCAACCUCGGUGUUCGGAGGACCGCCUGGUCCGGCCAUGUCGAGCAUAUUGUCGUGCGUUCCACGCUGGCUGUGGUGCACGUCUACCAGAUCGACUACGGCCACACUUCGAUUGCGCACGGUUCCCAGACUACUUCGGCAAAGGAUCCUGCUCCCCUGAACCUGAAUGUUCUAGGGGCUUACAAAGACUAGCGCUGUCUCGUAGGGAGUGCGACGGCAUUCCUGAUUGUGCGGGUGCAGAAGACGAGCGUAGUUGUGCACACUGCUCUGGAGCAGGCGAGGGAGGUCUGCGCUGCGCCCUGCACACUCGCUGCCUGCCUGCGCACCUGCGGUGUGACGGGACUCCAGACUGCCCUGACGGAAGUGAUGAAGCUGGAUGCUUGUGGAUUGCUCGAUCCCUAUCAUCUUGGCGACGAGAGAACAGUGAAACGACCCUAGGUGCCAUACGUAGCCGUAGCGGAUAUGCUGUGUGGGCGGAGGGCGGUCGCGACGGCAAGAUCUGCGCGGCGCCCUACGAGCAUGACAAGCGCGCCCUCACCAGCGUCGCUGCUUCUCUUUGUAAAGCGCUAACUUUCAAGGCUGCAUUUAGCGCAGAAGUAGUGCCAGACGCUGAAGAAAUAGAACAGGAUGAAUUAGAUCCAAAGAUAGAACAGCCGCAGUACGUUGAAAUAGUGGACCCAUUCGCUCCAGAAAUAUCGUUCCUGAAAAGCGAUUGUCCCGAAAGAAAAGUUAUAAAAGUCAUUUGUGAUCAUUUGGAAUGUGGUGUAACAUCAGCUCGGGGUGUUGCGUCCGCGGGUGUGGAAGGACUCCCGCGGUCCGCCCGGCCCGGCGACUGGCCGUGGCACGCUGCCUUGCUGCGGACACACGUGCACGCCUGCGAUGCAGCACUGAUACAUCCUUCCUGGCUUAUCACAACUGCUUCAUGCUUCCAAGGACAACCGAAAGCCGAAUGGACUGCUAGGUUUGGGACUGUACGAAUACAAAGCACGACACCCUGGCAACAGGAAAGACGGAUAGUUGGGAUGGUUCGAUCUCCUGUAGAGGGCAGCAUGUUAGCUCUGGUAAGACUGGAAGAGCCAGUAGAGAUGACUGACUUCGUGAGACCUAUAUGUUUACCUGAGAAUGGUGUAGAAACCACUUCACCCAAUGUUUGCAACACGCUUGGAUGGUCCAGAAAUAAAGAUCAACUGCAAAGAGUUCAUGUGGUGGCUAGUCCCAUGAACUCUUGCGAAAAUAUGAGCAUUGCCACUGCAAAUGGAAUAUGUGCUGAACCAUUGUAUGAUCAGGACGAUUGUGAUGAAGAGGAAUAUGCAGGAAGUUCAAUGAUGUGCUAUAAUGAUAAAACAAAACAAUGGUCCUUGAAUGGUGUAAGCGGAUGGCGCAUUGCCUGUUCAAAAAUAGGGUUGGGUAGGCCUCGCAUAUACGACUCCAUCGUUUCGCACGUCGACUGGAUUCGUCGAACUAUCUCGAAUUCAGCAAGAUGACCUAAUUGACCAUCUCAUACACUUGUAAAGACUGCAUUUUAUGCUUCGGCUGUAUAAUUGCUAUACAAAAUUUAUUGUAGAAAAGAUACUAUCAGAAAUGUGUUUACUAACUAAUAUUAAGAUGUUUUUAAUGUGAAGGAUUCUGCAACAUAAUCAAACUAUGUAUAAUUUUAGUAAAUGAAUAUUAAUGUGAUAGAAUCGCACAAUGUAAUUUUAAACAAAUAACCCACAAUACUCAAGAUACUGAGACAGAUUGAUUUAUUUAAUAGAUUUAAAAGUACCUAUAAGUUGUUAAUACCUAUGUAUACUUUUUUAUGGAAUAUGUUUUUAAUCUUGUAAUUAUAGAUGACUUGAUAAGUGCCUAUUUUGUAGUUAUAACAAUUAAGAUAACUUAUUGAAUUAAAGUUUAUUGUUAAUUAAAAGUACCUAUUGUAAUUUGUAAAUAUUAUAUGUAAGAGUGGAACCAAAAUUUAUAGCUAAGCUGUAUUUCACAAAUAAUUAUGAUUGUUUUAUUUAUUUUGGCUGUUUUUUUUUUACUAUCCCUCAGCAAUUAGAAGUAAGUAGAUACCUAAACAGCACCUGGAACAUA